AUGAUUGCAUGCGUGUCAGAUAUGCAGCAAGUGGGAAAUGUGGAUCCUGGACCGACGGUUGGUACACAGUUGACGCGGCAGCCGGUUCAUCGAUCCACGCUACUUUGGGAGACGCCAGCCGGUCAGGUAGUGCUAGGCAUGUUAAACUGCAGACGCCGAAGUUGCAAGUUACCCGAGCAUGGGCUUGACCCACGGAUUGCUCGGUACAUAAAUGAGGCGGGUUUUGAAGGGUUAUUCAAGGUUCCAAACUUGGAAGUGGAUCAUGUGUUGAUCACAGCUCUAGUUGAGCGAUGGCGUCCGGAGACGCACACAUUCCACCUACCGCAUGGAGAGAUGAGCAUCACCUUACAAGAUAUUGAGGUGAUGCUAGGGGUUCCUGUUGAUGGGUUGCCAAUUACUGGGGCUGUGAAGAUGGAGUGGCCUACAUUGUGUCUUGAGUUAUUGGGUCAUUGUCCACCAGACUCGAUACCGCAUCCCCAUGAGAACACCUCUAUCCUUGCUAGGGCGAGGCUCAGAUUCACGUGGCUGGAUGCACUAUUUAGUGGUCCCCUAGCUGUGGAUGCUACUGAUGAGGUAGUGCAGCAACAUGCGCGCUAUCACAUACUCGAUCGGUUGGGGACGAUUUUGUUUAUGGAUAAGUCGGCAGACCGGGUGUCGGUGCUGCCUCUACAGUUCCUAAACCCAAUCAGCAACGCGAAGAGGUACAGUUGGGGUAGUGGGGCAUUAGCCUGGUUGUACAGGCACUUAUGCAAGGCAUCGGAGUCGAAGGCGAAGCAGAUUGGAGGAGCAGUAAUGUUGGUGCAGCUGUGGGCGUAUUCGAGGUUCCCACUGAUAUGCCCUGUUAUGAGGUUGCCACUACCGCCAGUGGAGGCAGGUCCCUUUGCCAAUCGAUGGAAGGGGCCGAAGAGCACGACAGAGCAUGCGACACAUGUGCUAGUUGCGUAUCGUGCGUCACUGUCGAGUAUACGGGCACACCAGCUGCAUCCUGAAUUAGCUAGACUUUGUGAAACAAUUAAAAGUUUGAAUGCUACUGCAACUCUAGGCUUAUGUCGACACUGCCUCAACAAGUCAAACAUGGUGGUCAAGUUGCAGAACCUUGACUUCAUAGAAAGGAAAAUGAGUCAGAACAAAAAGCAAGUAAAAUUCAUCAAGAACAAGACAGGAUAG